AUUCUUAAAAUUACACCCAAAAUUUCCAAGCAAAUUCCAAUCAAAUGGCGAACGUACAGAAUGCACCACUGCCCGAAGCCGAAGAUGCAGAUACUCCUGAGCAAAAAGAUACAGAUGCAGUAGAAACAGAAGGUGAAGAGGGGGAAACCGAACUUCCAGUGGAAGAAAAUGCCUCAAAGGAGGCAGAAGUAGGGUCAGAAGAGGGCGUAGAGGAGCAGGACGAUGACGAAGAUCCAUUUGAACAUCUAGACUUAAAAGACGAGGACAACGAGGAAGAGCAAUCCCUCUAUAAAGAAUAUCUAUCGUUAAUCAAAGAAAUUGAUUGUCAAAAUGGCAUCAUUCAGGAACUGAAAACCCGCUCGAAUGAGUUGAAGCAAAAUUCCUGCCACACGUCGAACCAGAGAAAGGAAUUACAGCGAUUACGGGUGUGCCAGGAGCAGGAGAAUUUACGACUCCGCACGAUGAUCAAUCGAGCAGUGCAGUUGCAGAAUUUUGGCUCCCGUCGGCUCUACGGGGAAGUGGAUCUGGAGAUUACGGACUCCGAGCAGACCGUCUUCCUGGCUGGCGUUCAGUGUGCGGAUGUGCGAUGUAACAGCCUUUUGGAGGAAACUUCUGUGGGUGAUGGCUGCCAGUUGGAUUCAGAUACAGAUUGAGAAUUUCAAUAACGAAAGUUAUGGGAAGAGUUUUUGGAUACGGAGAGAUGGGUAAUAUAAAGGAAUAGGAAAAGACUAGAAAACCUCACAAAUAGUCGGUAUAUCGAGAUAAAAAUAUAAAUCUGAUAGGAACUUCGUUCUUAACAUAAGAAACAUCCAUUUGGAUCACAUUUCUAGACUCUUUUUGGUCCUAAAUUUAACAAUUUCAAAGCAAUUCUACAUUGUUGCCUCAACAAGAGCCUCCCUUAUCAAAAAUAAACCCAAACAGCAGGUAAUACCCAUGAAAAUGUCAUCAUUCUUCCACCAAUUAGAUUUGGAUUAAAGCGGAAAACCCUCCUUUGGGGGACCCUUCUUUCAUCAAA